CUACACCAGCGCACAAUGAUCCAGUUCUCUUACGAAUUCGUGUAUAACUGUGCAACACCCAUCGCAACGGAGCUGUCGCAGAACCUGCAGCAGCUGUCUGAGAAAGCCCGCUCUACCACGGAGUUCAUACAGCGGCUCAAGGGCAUGAGCGAUAAAGUGAACGAGAACUGUGCGGAGUUUGAGGCGACGGUGUCGGCGCAGUGCGAUGCGCUCAUCGAGGCGAUCGAGGCGCGGCGCGCUCAGCUGCUGGAGUUCGUGAGGCAGCAGCGCGAGCUGAAGCUGCGGGCGCUGCGCGACCAGGUGUCGGCCUGCACGUGCCGCCUCCAGGGCACCACCGGCCUCCUCCAGUUCUGCAUAGAGGCCCUCAAGGAGACCGACUCGGCGGCGUUCCUGCAGGUGGGCUCGAUGCUGAUCAACCGCGUGGCGAACGUGGACAUCACGUGGCACAAGGACGUGGUCGCGUCGCCCCGCCUCAGCCACGAGUUCGACCUCACGCUGGACGACAAGUCUGUGCUGCGAGCCAUCGAGCAGCUCAACUUCAUCCAGAUGAAGCCUGCCGCGGAAGGAGAGGAGAGGCUUCCUGCAGCUCCCGCGGCGCCCAUCAUCAUCCCCGAGGAGUGCAGCGCCGAGAACAACAGCGUGACGGUGGCGUGGCAGCCGCCGCCCACCUCCUUCGUCGAGGGCUACGUCCUCGAGCUGGACGACGGCAGCGGCGGCGAGUUCAGGGAAGUGUACUGCGGCAAGGAGACGAUAUGCACCGUGGACGGUCUGCACUUCAACUCCAUGUACAACGCGCGCGUCAAGGCCUUCAACAGCACCGGCGAGGGAGACUACAGCGAGCUGAUCGGCCUCCAGACGGCGGAAGUGGCGUGGUUCACGCUGGACGCGUGCGCGCUGCCCCCGGAGCUGCGGCUGUCGGAGGACAACUGCACCGUCACCUGCGACGGCUACGAGCACCGCGUCGCGCUGGCGGGCGUCGGCUUCUCGCGCGGCGUCCACUACUGGGAGUUCACCGUCGACCGCUACGACUCCGACACAGACCCCAGCUUCGGCGUCGCCCGCAUCGACGUCUGCAGGGACCAGAUGCUCGGUAAGGACGACAAGGGGUGGAGCAUGUAUAUCGACCGCCAGCGGUCGUGGUUCAUGCACGACAGCGUUCACGAACAGAGGUGCGAGGGUGGGAUUCAAGUUGGCUCCACUGUGGGUGUGCUGCUAGACCUGGAGCGGCACACCCUCAGCUUCUACGUCAAUGAGGAACCACAGGGGCCCAUAGCGUUCCAUGGCCUCUAUGGUGUCUUCUACCCAGCCGUGAGCCUCAACCGUGGAGUGGCCGUCACCCUCCACACGGCCCUGGAUCCACCAUCUGACUCGGACGAGAGCUGAGGACAGCUGUUCCCGGGUCUCCCGGAGGCACCAGUAGCAGAGGCGGCCAGCAGUGUAGUUCUUCCUCCUGAGGACACCGAAGUGCCGGAACGCCACCCAUCCACUGACACUGACCUCUGAACAGUGGUUCCUUUCUAGAUUAUAACAGACACUCUCCGAUGAUGCGACAUGUUUCACUUCCUCACUACCGAGAGCAUUCCAGAUAUCACUGUAGACUCUUUAGAUCCAAGCAAAUUGCUUGGUUCCAUUUUAGAUGCUUUGAGAUUUCAUAUUCCAACCCAUCUUUAUUUCAUACUCUUAUAACGAGUCGACAUAUCAACAAAGACGUGUUCCACUGUUACAUUCUUCAAAGAAUAUUAAGUCAAGCAGACCUUAAUCCUCCUAUUUUUCUUUACCCUUAUGUAGAUUCAUGAAAGACAUGUGAAUGAUUAAACGCAUGGAUAAGAUAAAACAUUAUGUGCACAGGAUUAAUAUGUGUACACACAAUAUUUCCUGCCCAAAAUUAUCAUCACAUUGAAUGUUUUAAACAUUCAGAAUUGACUACAUGACUGACAGAGCAAUGAUGUCUGUAGUUAACACACUGAGAUACUGUUGAGCAUUUCCACAAUAAAUACUGUCUAUUUUAGCAACCAGGUUCUGCAGCAAUGGGAACAGGUAACUAAUGAUGAUAGAACCUUGAUGGUCUGAGACUAUGAAGGACUACCACACAAGUUCUCUGAAUCAAGUGGAGAUGAAGAUUACAUAAAUGUGGAAAUUAUAUUCAUCCACAGAGAAAGAGAUGGACCUUAAUGAAGGAUCUCCCACUGCCCCUUAUCCUGCCCUUUCUUCCUGUCUUUAGGAGGGAAAUCCAGUCUAGUGAACAAGUGGGUGAUACAUUCUAUGAAAGGUAGUUGAGAAAAAUUAGCUCAUAACUGGGGCCUGAUAAUUAGAUUUUCCUGUUAUAAAAUUACCUACACUUUGUAAUUAUUGUAAUAGAAUUUAUGGAUGUUGCACUAUCGUCCAAAAGAAAUAAUAUCCAGAUGCCAUAAUUAUGUUAUUGUAUGUAAAUAUUUAUCAAAUGGUACUUAAAACAGAUACAUAAUUUUCAUUAUAUGUAAAAUCCACACCUGUCAUAAGUUAUUGGUAGUGAUAAACAAGAGCAAUCGUAUUGAUGUAUUUGUCAUAGUUCCAAUGUGUGGAUUAUUUCAUUUGUAUUUACUAGUGGGUGAAAUGUGUAGUUUAUUUUAUGGGAGAAAAUAGACUUGAAAUUAACUUUUUCAAGUAUGAUAUUUGUUUAUGAAAGAAGACACAAACAUUUUUAAAAUUAAAAGUAAUUUUUGAAAGUAUAUCAGCUCAGAAUUGUUUUUUUAGAGAACAUAAUGGUCCGACAUGCUUAAAAGAUUGAAUUUGGGGGGUGGGUAUCACCUACUGCUAUAUACUAAAAUGGUUCAUUGUCAGCCAUACUUUAAACCCCUUUAUCCUAUUUGUAUUGCAAGGCAACAUGAAGCAAUGACUGCUGUUAGAUAAUACAUAAAUGUGAUGACUGAUUUAUUUGACUGAAUUCAAUUUACAUUUUUAAAUUCAUAAGCAAAAGCUACAUAGACUCUUGAUGUUAUGAAUAACUUAUAUGCUCACUAAAGCCAUCACCAAAGACUGAUAUUCAGAAGAAAGCUACAACUGCCUAGACUAAGAAAAUGCUAACACCACUGGUUUUAUAAGUUUUAUGACUAGUAAUAAAAUACCAUCCACUUCAAAACUUCCAGAAAUUGUCCUUAAAUGUUUUAAAGAAAUAUAAGUGUCAUUUAUAUUUGGUGGAUUUUUUAUUCUUAAAAGAACUUCUAUUUGGUAUUGUCACUGCCAGAAAAAUAGUUUUUAAAAUGAUCAUUAUGAUGAAAAUUAAUGUACAUCAUAGCUGUAUAUAGAACUGCAUUAUAGCCUAUACAGAUGCAACUGCAUUGCUGUGGCUAUUAAAAGUUUUUGAUACUUUUAUUCUAUUGAAUUUGAAUUGUAUUUGGUGUUAAGGGAUGAGUAAUUAUCCCAUUUUCCAUGAUACUUCAAGAUGAAUUGCAUUACUCACAAUGAGAUUCACAGAGGUAGAAUAAAACUGGAAACUUUUAUGAGAUUCAGAUAUGUUUGUAAGGUGAAAUUUUGUCGAUACACAGAAAUUUACUAUUCUGCCAUUGCAAAGUUCAUGACUAACUCUUGGAUGUGCUAGUAUAAAGUUAUAUUAGAUGUAUCCAUGUCUUUAGAAAACAGUUUGUCUGUACAGUAAAAUGUAACUAUAUGCUUGAUAUACCUGCAGAACAUGCUGCCAAAGAUUAUUCCUUCACAAAUUAACUUAUAAUAUUUUUCUCCCACUGAAUAAACUAUAAUGUAAUUUAGCGACUACCACACAAUCUGUUCACACUUCAUUGUUUAGUAUAUAUAUCUGUUUGAACAACAUGUUUCCACAGUAAAUUUAGUGACUGUUUCUUGUUAUAAUUGCAGUUCUUGUCUGUUACAGUGAAUCAGUUAAUAUUAAUUUUAUGUGGUACAUAACCUGCCAUGAUAUACAUUCUUUUACAUAGUCUUCAGUCUAUAGAGUUGAAGAAACAGUGGUCCUCAUGUUUAACUUACUUGAAGUGUUACUAAUAUUUUAUAAGCACAAAAUUUGUAUCCCUUGUAAAUUUGUAUAUUGAAAGUUAUUGCUAAUAAAAUAGUUAAAAUGCAACUGAAUAUAGUUUUG